CUUUCGUCAGGCGGUAUAAGGGCACCAAAGCAGCGGGGUCCUGAGUUGUGUGUCGUGGCCGCCUGAGGAGAGAAGCCGAUUGAAAAGAGCAGAGUGAAGCCGAGGGCCCGGUGUAGUGCAACAACAUGCCUGGACCUGCUGCAAGUGCAACAAAUGUCGGUGCCUCCAGCCGAUCACCCAGCAAAGCUGUCGCACCCCGCAAUGCUGGUGGUGGAUCCACAGUGAGGCAGAGAAAAGCUACAAGUAGUGCAGUGAGCCGUGCUGGUCGAACCACCUCGACAGGCACUGGGGGUAUGUGGCGGUUCUACACAGAAGAUUCUCCUGGGCUUAAAGUUGGGCCUGUACCAGUGCUUGUUAUGAGCCUACUGUUCAUCGCUUCAGUAUUUAUGCUGCACAUCUGGGGCAAGUACACCCGAUCAUAGACAAGACCUCAGCUUCAACUUAAUGCUUUCGUUCGUCCUGGACCAAAUGCCUAUUUUUAUAGGAACUGAAUUUUGACGUAUUAAACUUCGCCUUCCGCUGAUGAAAAUUGAUGUGAAGAAUCUCUCAAUAGCAGGAUCUAACAGCUCGAUCCUUUUUCCCAGGUUUCACGAAGAGACCAUGUGUUGGAUUUCUGAAAUUUUUGGAAGUUUCUUUCCUAUUUUUGUUUUACCUUUUUUUUUAUUGUAAAACAACACACUAAUGUUCAGCAAUAAAAAGAAGUUAUUACUUA